ACGACUACCCCGCAUCCUGGUUACGAGAGGUCAUAUAAACCUUGUGUCACCCGUAUAAAAGCCAUCGCUGACCCAGUCUGUCUCUGUCUCUGUCUCUGACUCUCUUUCUGUCUGUCAACCAUCUACUGCUCUUGAACACACCACUACAGCUCACAAUCUCAUCAAACUCAUCCUCUCCUCGCAAACUACUACUAUCAGUAUCCAAAAUGUCCGCCCCCGUGGUGCAGGGCCUCUCAUCCCUGGGCUCGUCCGUCGGGGCCUUCUCCCGACAGCAGGCGGCGACCCUGCGAAACCGCUUCCUGACCACCGAAAAACGCAGGCGCAGGGCCCAGGUCAUCGGAACCUCGUUUACCGUCCACAGACCCGUCUGGAUCGCCGCGGGAGGUGCAGCCUAUACCACUGCCAGCGCGGUGUAUCUGACCCUUCACUAUAUGCGGCGACUUAAAUGAGCGAACGCGUCUAUACUGCUGUUUGAGGCCACGGUCACGGAAUAGAGGGGGACUGCACUGUCUGAGGCAGCGAGUUUCAUUCGACCCUUCAUUCUCUUUUUUUUUUUUCUUUUUUUUCUUUUUGCCUAGUUUAUUAUUUUUUCUUUCUUUUGAUGUCCUC